CUGUGCAUGGAGUCAGAACUCCAUUUGGACUUCGAGAGUAGACAGAUCUUUUCAGAUGCGACCCCGCUCGGCUCUUCUUGAGGUUGAAGACAGUAACAUCUAUUUUGCAGGAGUGUCAUGAGAAAGAUCAUCUCGAUAGAGGACCAAGCAGGUUGCUCGACAUCCUGAUAUCCUGCAAAGUUCAUUGUUUUCUUCCUUCUUUCCACCACUCUAUCACCUAGAAGGCCUUGCCAGAGAUGGACAGCCGGAUUCCUUAUGAUGACUACCCAGUGGUUUUCCUGCCUGCCUAUGAGAAUCCCCCUGCAUGGAUUCCUCCUCAUGAGAGGGUAUACCACCCAGACUACAACAACGAGUUGACUCAGUUUCUGCCCCGAAUCAUCACACUGAAGAAGCCUCCUGGAGCUCAGUUGGGAUUUAACAUCCGAGGAGGAAAGGCCUCCCAGCUAGGCAUCUUCAUCUCCAAGGUGAUCCCUGACUCUGACGCACAUCGAGCAGGACUUCAGGAAGGGGACCAAGUCCUAGCUGUAAAUGAUGUGGAUUUCCAAGAUAUUGAACAUAGCAAGGCUGUUGAGAUCCUGAAGACAGCCCGUGAAAUCAGCAUGCGUGUCCGCUUCUUUCCCUACAAUUAUCAUCGCCAAAAAGAGAGGACGGUACACUAGAGUUGCAGCCCACAGCCGUCCACAUGGAAUCUUCUAGGACAAGCUGGCCAGGCCUCAGGGAAGCCACAUACACUCUCAUACAUUUUGGAGACUCCCAUGGGACCCUGUUUUUCCUCCUCUCCCUCCCAUUCUCUCCUCUAAAAAAUAAAACGCAACA